GUUAAUGGAACAGUAUACAAACGAAUUGAGCCGUAAAAACAACGUUGCGAAUUUAAACGAAAGUGUUAGGAAAUAUUUUAUUUAGUUAUAAAAAAAAUAAGCAAAAAACAGGAUAAUGAGAUUAUUAACAGUGUGUGCGGUAUUGAGUGUGUUGCUAGCAGUAUCCUUGGCUAGUCCGGUUAAAACACAAAUCCGUGAUGUAUCCAAUGAUUCAUCAUCUUCGGAAGAGAAAGAAGAGAUUAAUGUGAAUAAUAUUGUAAAGGACAAUAAUGAAGAGGACAACAACUCUUCUGGCUCUAGUGAAGAAGCCAAUAACAAGAAAAAUAUUGUCAAAGAUGAGCCUCAAGAGGAUAAUAGUUCGGAAGAGGUGGUAGAUAAACCCAAAGAACAUCAUGUUAUAGUAGUGGUUGAUGAUGAUGAAAUUUUGGAUAUUAAGAAGCGACUAAGACGUGCUCUUGAAGUUGAGGAUGAACACUUAAUACGUUUAGGACGCAGUGCAGAUACAUCAGAAGAAAAUUCCUCUGAAGAGGAGAAAAAGGGUAAAAAACCUGCGGCCAAUGAACAGCAUAAUGAGGCUGGUCAUGAGCAUGCUGCAGGUGCAGAAGAAAAACCUGCUGCUGCAGCAGCUGAACACGCAGAGGUAUCACCAGCAGAACACGCUGAAGCAGCACCAGCUGAAAAACCAGAUGUAGCUCCUGCAGAAAAACUAGAUGCUGCUCCUGCAGAAGGUGAAGCUAAACCUGAAGAGGAACAUGUUAAAUCUGAUGCCGCUAGACGUAAAAGAAGUGUUGAUGACUCCAGCGAAGAAAAUCAAUCUGAACAGGAACAGGAGGUCAAUGAAGUUUUUAUUUUCAGCAACGAAAAUCAACAGGAUUCCGAAGAGAAUUUCAAAAAUGAUCAAUUAAAAAACAAUGAGUAUGUAGUCAUAAAAGUUAAUGAUGAUUUCGAAAAUGUAGAAAAGUCAAAUGAGGACUAUGCCCAAGGAUGUGGAGGCAGCAAUGGUAAUCAAGAUGAAGAUUCAAGUGAAAAUUCGAAUGAAGACAAUGAAACUACAAAUAAUACACGAUAAAUUUUUAAAUUAAAAAAAAAGUAUAUUUAUAAUUAAGAAUAAACAAUUAUGUAUAAAUAAGUAUAAAUAAUAAAUUUAAAAGUCUA